AUGGAUAACCCCAACGAAGCCAAUUCCGAUAAUAACGGCAGUAAGAAAAGAGAACGAGUGAGUAAAGCUUGUACCUUUUGCAGAAAGAAGAAAAUCAAAUGCGAUGGGAUGAUGCCAUGUGUUCACUGUAUCAAUUCCAACAGUUCCGAUUGCCACUAUGCGCUUGAUGUUGUUAAAAAGAGAACAAGGAAAACAAAGGCAGCGAUGGCCGCAGCAGCAGCAGCAGCAGCAGCAGCAGCAGCUAAUACUACUAGUACAGAGUUGAACCAAAAUAACUCCCGUAGAAACAAUAAUAUUGGCAAUAAUCGUUCAGAGAUAUUAGAGACAUCGACCUCUCGUGGUCUGACAACCAUUUACGAGCAAGAUUAUUUUUCAGCUUCCAGUAAGGAUAAGAUCUCCAAAGCUCCAAACCACAAGAGAUUCGAUGAUUUGGAUUCAAGAAUGAAUAGACUAGAAAGUUUAUUGGUCAAUUUAACCAAUAAAAUGGAUCACUCAAUCAUGCGUAUUUCAAGGUCCUCAUCUGGAACGAGAAGAGGUAGUUUUGAAAGCGAAGACCAGCUGUCUCUAGUAACUACUCUGAUCAAUGGCCCACCAGGUCCUCUUGGAGAUGAGUAUAUUAAAAAUCAUGAUGAUCAAAUUGAAAGCAAUUCACGGAAAAACGGAGGGAAAGAGCGUUUUUCAUUAAACCCACUUUCUCUGCCAGGCAAGAAUAAACGCCUGGCUGGUGAUGCGCCUACAGACACUUAUAAUGGCUUGGAUAUGUUUUGUGGGAAUCAGUCUAUUCUUCAAAUUUUCACUGAUAGUUCCAUUGAGUGGUUGGAAUCAAAAGUCGGUCCUAGUAACGCCCAAAUAGUUCUUCCAUUGAAAAAUCUAGGGCACAACUUUGUUCAGACUUUAGAUGAAUUUGCUAAUAACUUCAUGGGCCCUUUAACCGAAGGUAACACUCGCUAUGAUUUUGGUAAGCUUUCCCUAGAUCGUGACGUGGCCCUCUACUUAGUCGAUAAGUUGGAAGAUGUAUUUCUUGUUUCUUUCAUCGUUGAUCAAAAGCAAAUAAAGACGUUGGUCAAAUAUUAUUAUGAUCAACAAUCGAAUCCAAAUCUUCGAAAGAGAAGAUUGUAUUUUUCAGAAAUGAUGAUGAUUAAUGCAAUCUUGUCUGUAUGUUUAGGAGAAGAAAUAGAUUAUCGCAUUACUCAAGAACGAGCUCUGAAACCUAAACCAGGUAAAAGGGAACCUUUGGGAUUGGAAAAAUUGUCUGUUAAGGAAAUGGUUGAAUAUCAACUAAAUUUCUUUCGAAAUGCGUUAUUUUAUUACACCAGAGUUUGUGUGGUAAAUCAAAACGUGCUUACUCUUCAAGGAAUUUUGGUACUCAUUUUGCAUACUGAAAUGGGAUGGGCACCAGGCAUUAACUAUGUGAUGACUGCGGUUGCAGUAAGAUAUGCCCAUGGAAUGGGUCUCCACAGAGUUGAAACACUAACUGGUUUACCAUCGGAAAGACAAUGUCUUUAUAGGAGAAUAUGGUACUUGUGCCAAUAUUUGGACAUGGAUAUAUGUUUCCGUGAUGCAAAGCCUCCAUUGAUUAACGCUAACGAUGUAUCCACUCUUACUGAACGGGAUAAUCAUAGUCUUCAUAUAGUUGAUCAUAAAGAAGUGGAUCAUAAUUCGGUACUUUUUGAUGCAGCACUUUCCUUCAGUCCACUAACAAAAGAUUUAUCAGACAAACUAAAAAUUAUACAGGGCAACCAUGCAUAUUGUGGCCAUCUUUUGCUAGCUCUUACUCGCAUUCGGCAUGAUUCUUAUGUGAGAUUGCACAGUGCACUGGCGAAGUAUACGUCUUUCGAUCAAUUAGUUGAAGUAAUUAAAGGACUCGACAACCAAAUGUUUGAAUUGGCAGAAAGUUGUGAUCAUCGUAUCAAGCCUCGCUUUUACAACGAGCCAGAUUUUCAAAAUUUCACACCUAAGAAUGUGUUUGGUUACGGCCAUUUCGGUGAUGCCGGGUUGCAGAACUUGGUGACCUUGCAAUUAACUUAUUUCCUUCAUAUGAUGACCAUCAACAGAUUACCAUUUCAAGCAUCAUUUUAUGAUCAAGAAGAGAAUGCAGAUACAGCAAGAAUAAGGAACCUCUCUGUUUACUCUGCACGUACCAUAUUGUCGUUAACCCUAAACUUAAAGGAUAUGGACGUUCCUUUCCUGUUUUACAGUUAUAUUAUUUGGUUUCCAUUUGCAGCUUGUCUUUAUCUUCUCACUGUUGUCAUUAAUAGACCCGGUGGAACUGAAUGUAUGGAAGACAUUGGAUUGGCAGUCGAAGCUAGUUACAAUUUAUUUGGAACUCUUCGGGAAAAAUAUGCUGGAAUCGAGCAUCCCCACACUUUUAACGAAAAGAUGCUAAUGACUGAUGUAAUUAUACGUGUGGUUUUAAACAUUGCCAUUAAUGUUGCCGAUAGUAAUUCUGAAAUGGGAUUUUUGAACGAUGAGCGUUUGCAGCAACAUUUGCGAGAAUCCCAUACAAUUGCACCUCACUUGUACACUAUUACCCAAGACAAAACGAUGCCUAAAAUUAAUUUCAAACUUGCAGAUGGCCAUUCUUCAGCAUCCAGUUGCAAUUCACCAAACUUUGGGAAUAUAUCGCCAGCUAGACAGACCACUAGGAAUGGCAAUAGCCAUAUGCUGCCAUUAAAUUAUUGUCCAAUUGGCACUCAUAUUCGACAAAAUGAUAUGAUAAGACCGAAAGAUAUUAACACAGUUGACUCGCCAACAAGUUCGAAUUCAACACACCAUAGAAUGGAUAGCACCCCAUUUAUAAGUACUAUUAUGGGCAACCAGAACACUGGGAAUUUGGAUUCAUUUCCAAUUCCAAACCAGGAUGAAUCUUUGGAUUAUUUAAAUGAUGGUACUAUAUCUAAUUUGUUUAGCGGGCAGUAUUAUAAUUUGCCCAACUUUUUCUUUGAUAAUAAUGUUGGCUACUGA